AUGCCCCCGAAAGCUGUUGUCGCUCGCUUCGUCACCAAGGAUGAUGAGGCACGAGAGGAACUCCUCGGGCUUCUCAAAGUGGUAGCUGAUAACGCGGCGAAAAAGGAGCCAGGGCUGCGGAGAUAUGCCAUUACGAGAGAAUCUCAAACUGGCCUGUCUCAGGCUUACAAUGAGCGAGCCGUGUGGGUAAUCGAAGAAUAUGCGGACGAUUCCGCCUACGAUAAUCAUCUGCGGCAAGCUCCUAUACAAGAGUUAAGAGCAUGGCUGCCCGGGGCGCUGGGUGAACCUCCUCAAAUCUGGGAAUUAGAUGUCCAAGAGGAUUCUACCUUCACUAGGCUGGAGGUGGUCGGUUAUGAGAAUCCAGUAAUUGUCUUCACAGAGCUAGGUUACAAGCAAGGCGCCCUCCAGUCGACGCUACCAUAUUGGAAGGAGGUUGCAGAUGUCGGCAAAGCCGAGUCCGGCACACUUGUUUGGGGUGUGAGCCUUGAUCAUGAGGACCCUGACAAAUUGGCCGUGAUCCAUGUCUAUGAGAGCACCCAAUAUCUCCUGCAUGUGCACGCGGCGAGCAAGGAAAUGCAGGCGGUACAGGAGUUCACAGCAAAUAUUCGGACUCAUAUAGCUCCGCACUUUGUCGAGUUUGUAGGGGGAUAUAUAUGGAAAUAG